UUCUAUGUCAGCUGACUAUUUGUCCACCAAUCACAAGUCGUAAAGUACAGUAAAUACGAAGCUGUUUCCUACUUUGUGCGUUAGAACAACGCUGUAUGCGGACUGGAAUUGAGUGAAUGGCGAUUGACAGAAGAAACUACAGCAACAUGACGGGGGACAAGGUUGAAAUGAACAAGGGUCCCGUACCUCUACAAACGAAACCAAGCAGUCAGAGACAGGAGGCCCCAGGAGGCCUGUGGGACUCUGUGAUGAAAGCAGUUAUCAUCAUUGGAUCUGGCAUCUUUGUACUGGCAGCGUUUGGGAAUUCCCUGACAUGGCAUUUGCAGAAGUUUUGGGGGGCGUCAGGAGAUUUCUGGCAAGACCAGUGGACCAGAGUGCACCACAGAUGGGUGGGACAUGAGACAGCCCUGUUCUUCACCGGAGCUAUGUUAGUGCCUUUCGUGGCAUUCUGGGGGUCCAACGUUCUGCUCAUGCUGGUUGAUUGUACUGGAAAGCCCACCUUCAUCACACGUUACAGAAUCCAGGUGGACAAGAACAACCCGGUAGACCCCGUGAAGCUGUGCCAUGCUGUGAAGGUGGUGGUCCUCAACCAGAUCUUCAUUUCUGCCCCCAUGGCCGUGGUGUGCUGGGCGGUGAUGUCCUGGAUGGGGAACCCCUGUGGCCCAGACCUGCCCACCUUCCAUCGGGGCUUGUUGGAGUUGGCUUUCUUUGUCAUAGUGGAGGAGGUCAUGUUCUACUACUCACACAGGCUGUUCCAUCAUCCUUCCCUCUACAAGCGCUUCCACAAGCAGCACCACGAGUGGACGGCUCCCAUUGGAGUUGUCUCCAUCUAUGCCCAUCCUCUGGAGCAUGUGCUGUCCAACAUGCUGCCGGCCCUGAUCGGACCGGUGAUUCUGGGAUCCCACCUGACCACCACCAGCCUGUGGUACUCCCUGGCCCUGGUCAGCACCACCAUCUCCCACUGUGGCUACCACCUCCCUCUCCUGCCCUCCCCGGAGUUCCACGACUACCACCACCUCAAGUUUAACCAGAACUAUGGAGUCCUGGGCGUUCUGGACCGGCUGCACGGCACCGACACCAACUUCAGGAAGACCAAAGCCUACGAGCGUCACACACUGCUCCUCAGCCUGACCCCUCUGUCCGAGAGCAUCCCCGACCCCCCGAAGAAGGUCCAGUGACGCUCCCCGAAACUCAAAGUUCGCCUCUGACCACGGUUGCCUUCCAGUCUCCCCUUCCUCCUGAUGUGUGCAAUCCUUCACUACCCAGCACCAGUUUAAAAGCAUUGGGUUGGUUCAGGACUGAGGGUUAGUACAUUCCCAAAUACCAAUUGUUUUCUUUUUAGGGAAACAACAGUCAAAAGAUCAUACAUCCGAAAUCUCCAUCCAUUGGAAAAAGACCGAUAAUCAGUUUAGAAAACAAGUGACAACGAUUCCCCACCAAUCACGCAACUGUAAUUUUUCUUUUAAUCCAACAUGGAGAAUAAGAGCAUAAUGAUAGAAAUUUUUAAAGGAGAUAUUGGGAUGUAUUCUGAGUAUUCCCAUUCUCUAGUGUCAUAGGGAUGGCUUGAUUAGCUGUUCAUGUUACUCAACACUACUGUUGCUCCUUGGGUUGGGGUUUAAGGCCGGGUGUCUCUGUAAAGCACUUUGUGACAACUGCUGUUUUAAAAAGGGCUUUAUAAAUACAUUUGAUUGAUUGAUCAGGGUGCUAGACCAAUCAGCUCCUGAAUAUUAACUAUGGUGACUUAUUUCUUUAUGCCUGCAUUCUUUUUGUAGGGAUUACAAAAUAAUUCGCAAUGCAUAUCUGUGAUUCAUCGGUAAGGAGGCCAGGAUUUGUGUAGCACACCUGUCGUUGCAGGAAAAGCAGCCUACAGUACUUCAAUCUUGGCUAGAAGGGAUAAAACUUAAACUCCCUUCCUGAAGGUAGCUAGGCUAUAGCUGCUAUCGAAGUCAGCUAGUAAACUGGAACAACAGGGCUAGCAGGCUAGCCUUUGUUAUACUACCUUAUAGAAAAAUAUUCCUGUAAUACUGUGUUCAGCUAUUCAAUACUGCAUGAUCAAGGUAUUGUAGGAUGGUGGUGGGGGGGCACAUCUUCCCUAUUUGGUCCGGGGCUCACUAGCGGACUGGGGCCCCCUAGAGGUUGGGGGCCCUAAGCGACCAUCUAUGUUGCUUAUGCCUUGGGCCGGUCCUGCCAUCAAGGCUUGACUGAAAACCAAGGAGCAAUCUCAUCCAAGACAGACCUAAUAAUAUUUUAGUGAACAGCUGCUCUUCAGCUUUUCUUGAAUUUAAAGUGAAAUGUUUUUUAAAUCGAUAUGGGAAAGUUGAAUGGUACCACACUGGCAUCUGGUUUCUAUGCGAAGUCCAAAAAUUUAAAGAACAAUCUCACCUGAAAAGUUAACAGAAUCCCAGCUAGAGAUACGAUAUUGGUAGGUUGAAAUCCAUAGAAAACCAUACAGUCCUGUAGAUUGUGUGCUGCUAAAGGAGCCCUUGAAAUAAUGUAUUCCGUUUUGACUCCUGGAUUGUGAUUGAGGUAUAAAUACAUUUUAAAUAUCUUAAUCAUUCUUAAAACUGUGAAAAUGUUGCAGAAUAAAACUAUUGAAACAAAUUAGAUGUCAAUUUGAAUUUCUUCUGAGACAAUUUCAGGAUCCAACAUCUUCAGAUCUGUACAUUUAGAAACCAUUACAGAAUUUCCUCUCUUGACCAACUCCCACAUACAAGGUCUGAUACCGUGUAGCAAAAUCCCAUGUUAAACAAUUCCUGGUGUUUUGAGGGAAUGAGCUGGAAAAUCCAGAAGAUGUUAAACAGGAUUCCUGGAAAACCUGUACAUUAUGGUAAAUUUACCUGGAAUUCUGCCACCAUACAGUACUAGCAAAGUGUCUAGAGAUUUUAAUCUUCCAGUGAUUUGAUCAGAUAAGUCUUUUCCAAGACUCUUAUCUGAUCAAGUUUGAAGAAAAUAUGGUCUUGAAAUUGGCAUGGUAUAUUUGACAACUGUAAAUAUACACAUGUAGUUCUCUUAAAUCAACAAGAUUAACUACUUAUAAUGCUGUUUCAGUUAGAUUGCUAAUUAUACUUUUGGAAUAACACAAUAAAAGACAGAAAUAAAUAACAGAACAAUGA